AUGUCCUUCGCCGUCUCCGCUCCCGUCACCUCCGCGCGCCCCGCGUUCCUCGGCGGCGCGAGCGCGCUCCGCGCGUCCUCCAAAUCCGCCGCGCGAACUCCCGCCGGCCGGACGUCGACGACGACGAUGGCCUUCUUCGGAAUGGGCGCGGCGAAGCAACCCCCGGGCGUCGCCAUGGUCUGCCGCGACUGCGGGUACGUCUACCGCGGCACGGACUUCAACGACCUCCCGAAGGAUUACAAGUGCCCGCCGUGCGGCAGCGGGAAGAACGCGUUCCGUCCGGAGAAGAAGAUGGACUACAAAAAGGACGGCUUCAACGCGCCCGGGAUCCGAGCCGCGAAGAGAGAGAACAAGAAGGCGUUCGAGGCGAAGCGCGCGGCCGCGCGCAAGGCUGCGGAGGGCGGCGGCAAGAAGAAGGGGCUCUUCGGGAGGUAA